UCUGAAGGCCUCUUGAUAACUUCAAAAUUCCCAAUUUAAUUUUAAAGAGUAAAAAGACGGCGACGGAGACGGCGGCCAUGGCGAUACCGGGAAAUCUAAGCCGGGAGCAGAGCGUGUACAUGGCUAAGCUAGCAGAGCAAGCGGAGCGGUACGAGGAGAUGGUGAAGUUCAUGGACAGCCUGGUGAUCAGCUCCGCUACCUCCGCCUUCGAGCUCUCCGUGGAGGAGCGCAACCUUCUCUCGGUUGCCUACAAGAACGUUAUCGGCUCUCUGCGCGCGGCUUGGCGGAUAGUUUCGUCGAUUGAGCAGAAAGAGGAGGGCCGCAAGAACGACGACCAUGUCGUCCUCGUUAAGGACUACAGAUCCAAGGUUGAGUCCGAGCUCUCCGCCGUCUGCGCCGGAAUUCUCAAGCUCCUCGACCAGUAUUUGAUUCCCUCCGCCUCAACUUCCGAGUCCAAAGUCUUCUACUUGAAGAUGAAGGGCGAUUACUAUCGCUAUUUGGCUGAGUUUAAGAUUGGGAAUGAGCGCAAAGAGGCUGCUGAGGACACUAUGCUAGCCUAUAAAGCUGCUCAGGACAUUGCGGCUGCAGAUCUUGCCCCUACACAUCCUAUACGAUUGGGCUUGGCACUCAACUUCUCAGUAUUCUACUAUGAGAUUUUGAAUGCAUCAGAAAAAGCAUGUGGUAUGGCUAAACAGGCAUUCGAGGAAGCUAUUGCUGAGCUGGACACAUUGGGCGAGGAGUCCUACAAGGACAGCACUCUGAUCAUGCAACUGUUGAGGGAUAAUCUCACUCUUUGGACUUCGGAUAUGCAGGAUCAGAUGGAUGAAGCUUGAGUUGAAACUUCCCCUCUCCUCACCAUCUUUAAUCUGCAAGUAUUAUGACUCAUGAUUAUGGCUCUUGUAUUAUAUAUCAUGUUGCUUACUAUGAUCACUUGUGUCAUUUCAAACAUUGGUUUGAAACCUGUAAUGACUGUUCAUUUGUGGUGUGAGCAUUGGACUCUGUUUUAGUCAGCCAUUAGGAUCUUUAUGAAUGUGAAUCUGAAUCUGAAUCUGAAUCUGAAUCUAUUUCUGUAUCA